AUGCCGAGAGAUGGAGCGCGACACAAUGAAGAAGUCAUGGGAGACUUCGAUUCCAAUCCAACACUACUAAUCGAUCGGAAUCCCAUCCAGCCGCCACUUCCUGAAGGAAGAAGCUAUGAGAUUUCGCCGGAGAUUAUUGGUUUGGUGAAACAAAACCAGUUCCAAGGAAAACCCCAGGAGAAUCCUUUGGAACAUAUUGAUGCUUUUGAAGAAAUUUGUGGCACCAUCAGUGCAGGAGGUGCGCCCAAAGGAGUACUUAAAGUGCAAACUAUUCUCUUUCACUUUGACAGGGAAGGCUUUGCGCUGGGUUAA